AUGAAAAUAUAUUGGCAUUUAAUAUCAUUCAUAUUAUGUUACUAUUUGGAAGCAUUCCAACCCUAUUUUCCACCUCAAAUUGUAUUUUCUCUCGAUACUAGUGAAACAAUAAUUGCAAUCGAUGAAAUAAAUCAACCGACUAAUCAAUCGAUUUCUGUUUCUCCUUCAAAUACACAAAUAUCAUAUGCCUUGAAACAGUUCCCAUAUGCGAAUCCUGAUUCUCCUCAAUCAAAAUAUUAUGUUGAAUUAGUAACAGAUCCUCUGAUGAAUACAUACAUUUUAUAUCAAAGUGCAGAAAUCCAUAUUUCGCUUUCUACUUCACCACAUCGAAUAGAUGGGAAUGACAGUGUUCGUGUUCAAUGGAAUGCAACUCAAUGCAUUGAUUGUUUUACAUUAUCACCAAAAGAAUUUAGUUUUAAUAUGAAGAGUUUUCAAGAAAAACAAAUAUUAAAAAUUCCCCGUGUCAAAGAUGCGCCGCAAUCAACAAUUAUUCCGAUCUUUUAUGGUGGAGGUUUUGAUCUUAUUUCACCACAACAGUUUCCCAUUUAUAUUCAAUAA